AUGAGUAAUCAAGGAGAAAUGGAGGAGAGACUAUUACGUGUAGGAUCAGAUGCUAAGAGUCAGAGCAGUAACAGGGAGAGUCUCUAUUUGAGAACGCAGGUUUGGUGUGAAGUAAGGAAAAUUUGGAGAGUAGCAUUACCUUCAUCUUUGUUCCGAAUCACUUCGUUUGGGAGCAUCAUUGUGGCACAAGCUUUCAUUGGUCACUCCUCAGAGUUGGGUCUAUCCGCUUACGCUCUCCUCCAAAGCACAUUUAUCCGCUUUCUCUACGGUUUAAUGGGCGGUAUGUCAAGUGCGACCGAGACAUUAUGCGGGCAAGCAUACGGUGCAGAACAAUACCACACAAUGGGGAUAUAUCUACAACGUUCAUGGAUCGUGGACACGGUCGUGACCACUUUGUUUCUUCCGUUUAUCAUAUUUGCGGGUCCCAUUCUUCGUCUAUUAGGCCAAAAUGUUGAGAUUACAAGGACCGUUGAUGAGAUCUAUCCUUGGAUGAUCCCUUAUGUCUAUAGCUUGAUUUUCACUAUGACUAUGCAAAUGUACCUCCAAGCGCAAAUGAGGAAUGCUAUUGUAGGCGUUCUCUCCACCUUGUCCUUGGCUCUUGACCUAUUGGUCACGUGGUGGUGCGUGAGUAUUAUGGGGAUGGGCAUUGGUGGUGCGCUCCUCGGUCUUAAUGUGAGCUCGUGGGCUUUAGUAUUAGCUGAGUUUGUGUACGUUUUUGGAGGAUGGUGUCCGUUUACUUGGACCGGAUUUAGUAUGGCUGCUUUUGUUGACCUAGUUCCUAUGCUCAAGCUCUCCAUUUCUUCAGGCGUCAUGAUCUGCCUAGAGUAUUGGUACAUGAGCAUCCUUGUCUUAAUGGCCGGUUAUACAAAAGAUGCGAAUAUCACAAUCUCUGCUUUCUCAAUAUGCCAAUACAUAUAUACAUGGGAAUUGAACAUAUGCCUUGGCUUCUUGGGUGCGGCCUGCGUUCGAGUGGCUAACGAGCUGGGGAAAGGAGAUGCAACUGCAGUGAGGUUUUCAAUAAAAGUGAUACUCACAGUAUCAACAUUGAUCGGAGUGACAUUCUCUGCUCUAUGUUUAGCUUUCUGUGGUCAGAUUUCGUAUUUGUUUUCGAAAAGUGACGAGGUUUCGAAAGCAGUGGAUGAUCUAUCGAUGAUCCUUGCCAUAUCAAUCUUACUCAACAGCAUUCAACCUAUACUCUCAGGGGUAGCAGUUGGAGCAGGAAUGCAAAGUAUAGUGGCAUUUGUGAACUUAGGUUCUUAUUAUGCAUUUGGUGUUCCUUUAGGUAUCAUCCUUACUUAUGUUUUCCAUCUUGGUGUUAAGGGACUAUGGUCUGGAAUGUUGGCUGGAAUUGCGAUCCAAACUUUGAUAUUGUGUUAUAUCAUUUACAAAACCGACUGGGAAUUAGAGGUGGCAUAA